AUGAAGGGGUCAUCAUUCGUUGACAGCUUACCGUGUGAUGAACUUAGCACACAUGCGCAGCUGCUCUAUCACAAAAAGACCAUAACAGAGUUAUUACUGAAGAACUUACAGGAUGAGAAAUGCAAGUCUGUUCAAGCCUUUUGCGAGCUGUUAUCGGCAUUCGUACUCGACAUGAAGGAGGAUUUUCGAGAUGAUAUGUGGGAUUUCUUCAGUGCAUUGACAAAUGUACUAGAUCUUGGAGAGCGUGAUGUUGAAUCGGUGGAAGCGGCAUUUUUUACCUUAUCCCUUCUUGUGAGAAUCAUGUGGCGAACAUUAAUCAAGGAUUUCGUUUCCUUCUUUUGUCAAGUCCACAACAUGGUAACUGGUGUAUUCAAAAUUUCCGACCCAGAUAUUCGAGAUUAUGGUGUAACUAUACUAGAAAAGACAACGGAGUUCAUAGUGAAGUAUGUCCAGAAGGCGUCACGAGGAGAUCUCUUCUUCUUUGAAGUUACUCUAAUCGAACCAACACUAUCUGCUCGUCUGUUGAAUUUGUACUCUUCUAUCUGCUUGAAGAAAAGGCCAAUUCAGGACGCCUUGUCGAGAAGUCGUGCUCCUAUAUUCGAUGUUGCCCACCAUCUCUGUGUUAAGCAACAUGUGGUUGAGUUGAUUCCCCGCUUCACGUCGGCUGAAAGGUCUCUCAAUGCAGCGGUGUUGGUGAUUUGGCCCUGGGUUUUUGAUGUUUCAGAACCAAUAUCAGGUACAGAAGAGGUGGCAGCUUACUUGAAAGAACUGGUUUCCGGAGAUGAUUAUUCGCUCGAGGCAUCGCAGCUUGCUCUCCUUGCUGCGUCAUCAAUAUUUCAAGUGGAUAAAUCCCUUUUGAGAAUGCUUAACCCUAGUGAAGUGGAGCGAUUUGUGAGGGUGUCCGACCUCCUUACACCUUGUUACUUCAAUCCAAAAGCAUCUAUUAGGAAAUGUGCUCUAGAAAUACUGAAUUCAUUCAAUUUCUCAGUAGAAGGAACAAAGGAGGAGGACAUGAAACAUUCAGAGGGCGUUGAUGAGAACGUAUUCGCCAUUCUGCUCGCGGCGGAGUGUUGCAACAUAAUAGAUUCUAGAGGACGUUUACUACAAUUUCACAAGCUCAUGUUUGGCGCUCACAAAAGGUUCAUGCCAAAAGACAGUCGUAUGACAUAUGAUCACAUCAUUCUGCGAAUAAGUUUUGCUCAGUUCUUUGUUCAAUUCACAAAGUUAUGGCCAUCAAUGUACGAGAUUCUGGAAUCAUUUGCACGUGGCAUGGCUAUUGAUGAUUUCUGGACAGUCAUGGUGGAAAUAAUCGAUCAAGUUAACUCUGAAUCUCGGCAACACGAAAAGAAAGAAUCUACCACCCUCUUUCUGCCUUGGUGUGAUAAGGACGACAGAUUUGACUACAGCUCAGCUCGAAUUGAGAUCUUCAAGUUCAUGGCCAUUAUCUCAGACUUGGCUCAACGGAGGACAAGAAUUCUAUCUCCAAUUGUUUUGAAAAUAUACGAAUCUGAAUACCUUCCUCUUAUUGUUGAGAGCUUGAGUUCACUAUCUAAGGGUAGUCAAUUGGAAAGUGCCGAUACAGAAGACAUGGGUGUAAUUACAGCAAAGGAAAGUCCAGAUACCAAUUACGAACAACGUAUGCAUGCAACAAAGGCACUGUGUUCGCUUCUCGAUGUUUACGCUAAGUUCAACGAUGCAAAAUCCGUGUAUUUGGAGAAGAAAAUACGCAGCAUGUACGAGCAUCUCCUGAUGGUAGGCAAUGAUAUGGUGCAAAAGUCGGCGUUGUCGUGUAUAUUUUCUUAUCGAGAUAAGGGACUGCUACCUUACAAGGAAAACUUUGAACGACUCCUCGAUGAAAAAUCGUUUCGAGAACAGUUGGUCUUGUUCACCAUUAAUGAGGAAGAUGGAAAUUCAAUCGUUCAUCCGGAUCACAGACAAACAGUGAUGCAUAUUCUGCUUAGAUUUUUGUACGGGAAGCUGUGGACUCAAACAAAGCGCAACUUUACCGAAUCGAGGCGAGCUGCUAUAUUUCGCUACCUUGGCGGUUGUCGACCAGAGGAGUUACUGGACUUUCUCAAGAUUUUGUUCGCACCUGUUCUUGACGUCAUUGGUACUGAAGAGAUGGACUACAGCAAGAUGGAUUUGCUAUGCGCCGACAGUGAAGUGCUGUUCAGGAUGGAUUUGGGCAAGAUAAGCAGGUGCUAUUUUGAGAUAUAUUAG